AGAGCGUGCCCCACAAGCUUCCUUCGGCUGUGACUGCCGGGCCAGCCCACAGAGGGCACAGCAUGUGGGAACUCCGGUCCAUAGCCUUCUCCAGGGCCGUGUUUGCCGAGUUCCUGGCCACACUCCUCUUCGUCUUCUUCGGCCUCGGUUCGGCCCUCAACUGGCCACAGGCCCUGCCCUCUGUGCUGCAGAUUGCCAUGGCCUUCGGCCUGGGUAUUGGGACCUUGGUGCAGGCUCUGGGCCACGUCAGCGGGGCUCACAUCAACCCUGCCGUGACCGUGGCCUGCCUGGUGGGCUGCCACGUCUCCUUUCUCCGAGCUGCCUUCUACGUGGCUGCCCAGCUGCUGGGGGCUGUGGCAGGGGCCGCUCUGCUCCAUGAGAUCACACCACCCGACAUUCGAGGGGACCUGGCUGUGAAUGCACUCAGCAACAACACCACAGCAGGCCAGGCUGUCACCGUGGAGCUCUUCCUGACCCUGCAGCUGGUGCUCUGCAUCUUCGCUUCCACAGAUGAGCGUCGCGGAGACAACCUGGGCACCCCCGCGCUCUCCAUCGGUUUCUCCGUGGCCCUGGGGCACCUCCUUGGGAUCCACUACACUCGCUGCUCCAUGAAUCCCGCCCGCUCCCUGGCUCCUGCUGUUGUCACCGGCAAGUUUGACGACCACUGGGUCUUCUGGAUCGGACCCCUGGUGGGCGCCGUCCUGGGCUCCCUGCUCUACAACUACGUCCUGUUCCCGCCCGCCAAGAGCCUGGCCGAGCGCCUAGCGGUGCUCAAGGGGCAGGAGCCCGACGCCGACUGGGAGGAGCGCGAGGUGCGGCGGCGGCAGUCGGUGGAGCUGCACUCGCCGCAGAGCCAGCCGCGGGGCAGCAAGGCCUGAGCGC